AUGCGACACUUGGCCCUGUUCAACUGGUUACACAUGCGGCAAGGCGAGCGUAAGCGUAUGGGGGACGCCUGGGAGCGGGGCGCACUGGAGAGCUGUGGAGGAAUUCUCCAUGGUAACUCUGGUACCCUCAUGAGUCCAAACUACCCCCAGAACUAUCCACACAACCUAGAGUGUGAGUGGACCAUCAAUGUGGACCCUGGCUACCAUGUGUCACUCAACUUUGACCCCAAUUUCUUUGUGGAAGCUCACAGCAACUGUAUCUACGACUACGUCUUGAUUCGAGAUGGAGAUGAUGAGAAUGAUCCAGUUCUUGGUGCCAGUAAUUCUUACUGUGCCAACAACGUCCCAGAACCCGUACAGUCCACCAGUAACGUCAUGUUUGUCAAGUUCUGCUCAGACUUCAGCAGCAGUGGCAUGGGUUUCUCCGCCAACUGGAUUGUUGCGAUGCCGUCCCCUGAGGAUUUACGAGUAACGACAAUCACUGGUACAACAGUCAAAGCUUCGUGGACAGCAGCCACCAGCCCCAUCGCUAUCGGCUACAGAGUGUGGAUAAUGGAAUGGGAGUCACCUGAUGACCUUUUCACUCAUUACCUCUCGAUCAGCAAGACGGAAGUAACAUUCAAGGACCUGGUACCAGCCACAGAGUACAUCAUAUCGGCAACAACUAUCUACACGUACAUCGAAGGACCGGAAGUCCAAGUCACUGCUGUAACAGAAACGGAACCUCCUUCUGUGUUGGAUGUUGAAGACAGGACAAUUGACUCAGUUGUCAUCUCGUGGCUGCCUCCGAAAGGUGUGAUCGUCCAGUACUCCAUUAGCUACACCGGCGGUGGAAAAAGUACAUCCGUGACCUGUCCAGGAGACGCACACAGCUGUGAGUUGACAGGUCUGAUCCCCGGGACGCGGUACGACAUCGCCUUGGUGGCCGUUAGCCGGGUUGGGAGGAGCGUCGCUGUCACCACAAGUGUCAUUACAGACACUGACCCACCGUCAGCUGUGGAGGUCAAUAGCUGGUCUGCGACGUGGAUGGUCCUGGAAUGGAAGGCUCCCCUGGCCAGGGUGGUGUCAUACGAGGUCACGGUUUCACAGACAUUCGGCGAAGAAUUGUUCAGUGUGGAUGGGUCUGAAACAUCCUACAACAUCACAGAACUUCUGCCUGAGACUCAUUACAUCAUAAAGAUGGCAGCUGUCGGUGAGCAUGGCCGAAGCGUGGAAAUUACCUGCUCAAAACAAACAGGGCCGCUACCGUUACCCGUUGAUCACCCCACGACAUCAACCCGUGCUACUACUGAGGCCCAUACAAGUGUUACAUGGAGAGACACCACAGUCACUUCCACAUCUUUCCAGUCCACCACCAAACGUACAACAGCAACCUCCACUGAAACAACAGUGCAGCGAACAACAGACAAUGGAGUCAGAACAACAGACAAUGGAGUCAGAACAACAGACAAUGGAGUCAGAACAACAGACCGACAAACCACUACAGUCUACAGUACCAGCAAGGAGGAAAGGCCCCUAGAUAAAACGACAUACAGCACAUUUCCAGCCAAAACAACUGAAAGUCCUGACGAAAAGCUCCAGCAUAUUCUACAAGGGAUUGAUGAAGAGCAGCUGGAAUCAGCAAAACUAGAGGACAUCCUGUCUGCCAUGAACUGCAUCAAUGAUGUCCUCACAAUCAGUGGCAGUGCCAAGUCGUCCAUGUCACUAUCAGCAAUGAAGGAUGCUUCAGCACUGAUAGACAAACUGGCUGGUGCUUCAAGAGGAGCCCAGAGUGCGUCAGUAACAGACAUGGCUAAUAUAGCCAAUGCCCUGACACAAUCAGCUACAGCAGUCAUCGACAAGCUACCGGAGCAACAGCCACCGAUUGUGACUACUGCUAGCUCAAACAUCCUGGAAAGUGACUUGAUUGACGUGAACUCCGCUGACCUUUCGCCCAAGCAGCAGCUGAAGAUGCUCAAAGAGAAGCAGAAGGAGAAAGAAGACAUGCAAAAACGAGCUGCACUGAACAUCGUGAAAUCACUGGACAGUGUUGCCGACACGCUGUUGGCAUUGCAGCCUGGCAACGCAGAAUAUCAGACAACGUUUGGGACGGAAAACGUUGGGGUGACUCUGUCCAGAUCGCCAUCCAACAGAGACCUGCACCUCAGCAAUGGCCCCAUCACUGCAACAAUUCCAUCAACUGGAUCCGGAAGCCAGACUAACAGCAUGUUGGAUCUGAAGAUGUUGAGUUUCAAGAAGAACCCAUACUCCUGGAAACAAUCGACAGGAGGACAGAACAUCUCUUCACCCGUUACGGUUCUGUCGAUGGAGACAAGAGGAUCUGGAAAAGGGCCGAAACAGGGCAGACAAAGAGGACCCAGAAGCCUGAAGGAAGAGAAGCAAGUAAACCUGGACAUCCCGUUUGUACCCUUGCAAGAAAGAGAGCUGACAACAGACGCACCACACGUGACCACCCACAAGCCAGGAGAAAGGAGUGCGGAAAGCAGCAUCGACAGGGGCAACGGGACUACGAUGACGUAUCACCGCUUCAGCAUCCCGGUCGGCAAUGUCAUCCCUGUCCUACACAUGAGCUGGUGGGACGUAGAUGCCACCUUUCACGUGUACUUCUCGUACGGGUCCAAACCUACCUUCGAGAAGUAUGACGAGAAAAGAGUCAUCCAGGCUAAAGACGGGUAUGAGGCCUGGCUCGCGGAGAAAGACGUCACGGUCACCUUUACACCCAACACCACACGUCGUGGUGGUGCUCUGUACGUUGGCGUACAGAAAAUAGAUCGUGGCAGUUCUUCACCCAAGAAACCAAACCGAGAGAGAACCGCCAACUACAGUCUGUUGAUGUCAGCUGUUGGCUGUUCAUCUUGGGAUGAAGAUAAUGAGCGAUGGGGGCUGGAACAAUGCAACGCUAAACUCGACAUAGAGAACAACAUCUUCCACUGUGAAUGUCGCACGGUCGGGUCCAGCAUUGCAGUCGGAACCAUGACCCUCCCCACCCCGAAUUCCAUCGACUUUCUCACCGCGUUCAAGAACUUCAGCAACCUGAGGGACAACGCCGUGGUGCUCUCUAUCGUGGUGUCUGAGUACAUCUUGUACAUCAUAAACAUGGUGCUCUUGUGUGCUAACUUCAGCCGGUUAUGGGGUAAAAGAUCCCAGGACCAAAGGAAGAAGACGCUGCCCAAAGUGAGUCUGAUCCCCCCUGACAGGAUGCCUGCACCUCACCUCUAUCAGCUCACAGUCACCACCGGGUCCAUGUUCGGGGCAGGUACGACCUCACGGGUCGCCUUCCAACUCUUCGGGUCAGAGGGCACGACCCCGAUCAAGAUGCUGAACCCUGGAGGAGAGGCUUUGGUUCGUGGAAGUACUUUACAUUUUAUCAUGCCUGUGCGUGAGUCACUUGGAGAAGUGACGCUGUUGCGCAUCUGGCAUGAUAACUCCGGGGAAGGCGACACGUCAGCCUGGUUCCUUGGAAAUUUUCUCGUCAGAGAUGUUAAAAAGGAUGCGGUGACUCACUUCCGCUGCCACGACUGGUUGUCAGAGGACAAAGGUGACGGGGAGGUGCAGAAGGUGGUUCACGCAACCCCCAAGCAGGAGCUGAGGUCCUUUGGUAACAUCUUUACUGAGGCAACAAGCGACCUAUUCUACGAUAAACAGCUGUGGACGUCUGCCCUUGUAGCACCACCAGGUUCCAGCUUCACCCAGGCCCAGCGUCUGUCAUGUUGCUUCACUCUCCUGAACACCAUGAUGCUGGCCAGCGCUAUGUGGUACAGGACUGAUGACAUAACUGCUGACACGAAAGUGUACAACCUGGGGGUUGCUCAUUUCACAGUAGAGGAGCUGUACACCAGCCUUAUGACUGCCUUGACCGUAGCUCCUGUGAACCUGAUGAUCGUACAGCUCUUCCGCAUGGAGGCACCACUGGCUGCCAACACUCCGGAGAUGUCAAUCGUUACACAAGCACCAAAGAAAAUCCGCCCGCCCACCAAAGCCGACUGCCAAGGAGCAAGGAAGAAACGGGAACUCAGUAAGAAGACGGCCUCGACACUCAAGGAGCUUUUUCUGCUGUUCGUCUUUGUGAAUGUCCUCUUCUACAUCGCCCAGGCCAACAAUGACCAAAAUGUCUUCUACGAGACGCGCACACUGUCCACCACUGUUCUACGUGAUCAUGAUAACGUCAGGACUCCCGACCAGUUCUACAUGUGGACUGAGGAGGUGCUGCUGCCGACCCUGUACCCCACCGCCUGGUACAAUGGGAGGAAAAUGAAGUUCUUGGACCGGCAGUUUGCACAGGACACCGAGUCCUUCCGUUUUGGCCCCCCUCGCUUGACGCAAGCUAGACGACGUCCAGGUGCCACUACAUGGAAGAAUGGCGCAGGCCUCGGCUGGAGCCUGUCUGUGCAGAACAUGUCCCAUAGCUGCUGGCAAUUCAAGGUUCCAGAUCUUCCGAAUCACCCCAACUACACUUUCAACUGCACCAACCACCACUCCCUGGAGCUGCCACUUAACCGCGACGCCGCUGUGUCGUUCUUCCGCGCCCUGAAGGACUCUGAAUUUCUGGACAAGUACACAGUUUCCAUGGCGAUCGACAUCAACUUCUACAACCCCAGCCUGAAGCUGUUCAGCGUCGUGCAUAUUGUCCUAGAUCACUCCGGAAUAGGGAAUCUCGCGCCAACGGCUACAAUCACUUCGUUUGGCCUGUUCCAAUACGAAAGUGACGCUGACUUUAUGAACUUGUUCGUACACGUCGUUUUCAUGCUGCUUUUCUCAGCAAUGGUGUACAAGGAGGCAAAAUUGGUGAAAAACAUGGGAUGGAAGUAUUUUGCCUCGGCCUGGAAUGCCCUGGGAUUCCUAAGCCUCGUCGGCACGGCAACAGUCAUCUCUGUUUUCAUCAAGCGAUACACCGUGGCAGCUGAUACACUUGCAAUGAUCGCCCAAACUAAUGGUGAGCUGGGGUUUGAACGUUUCGUGGACCUGACGACUGCUGCAUGGUGGGGUGAGUGUUUCGCGCACGCCGUGGGCGUCGUUGUGUUUAUCAACACCUUCGCCUUGCUUCGCGUUGUCCGCUUCAGCCAGACGAUCGGCAAACUGCUGGCUCUUCCCGGCAUCAUGAAGGAUGAGCUCCUCUCGUUCUUAGUCGUCGCUGCCAUCGCAUUCAUGUCUUUCAUCAGCGCAGGUUACCUUAUCUUCAGGAGCCACCUGAAGUCUUACUCCAACUUGUACCACACAACCCUCGCUCUCUUCGAAAUGAUGCUUGGAAGGUUCUUCGCCGGUGACAUGCUGGAGGCUAACCCUCUCAUCGGGCCCGUCUUCUUCUCCACCUUCAUGGUCUGUAUCUUCAUCCUCCUCAUGAACUGCCUCAUGUCCAUCGUCUGCGACGCCAUUUCCGCCGACGUGGACGUCAACCACGAUCAUGAGCUCGCCGAGCACAUUUGGAGCAGCGUCUGUGCCAAGCUGGGUCUGCACAGCCCUCCCAGUAAGGAGGUCCAGGAACCAGGUGAGCUGAAGCUGGAAAAGCUGCAAGAAAAUCUGCGCAUCAUUCAUGGGCAACUUGAUGAAAGCCUGGACCUCUGCGACUCCUUACUACCUUCACGUCGUCGCGGCAACUUGGACGAGCCCAGCACUAGUUCUGCUCCUCGGUGUGAAGUAAAGAUUGUCAUCCAGCAUGCUGAGGAUGACUAACUUGGAGGCAAAACUUUGGUACGUUCUCUUGGUCACUUGAGACCUGCCAGAACCUGCCAUCAGUAGAACAUACUGUGCCUGCGCAAA